UGUUUGGGUCGCACUGAGAGAAAGUGUAACUAGUAAAGUGCACAAGAAGUUGCAGAAUAUGAGUUAAAACCUUAUUUAAUUUUCACAACCUCCAACUUCAACAACUUGCCUAAGAUUCUUAAACUUUCUUCCUCGGUUUUCUUUCUUUCUUCACUCUCAAACCCUAGAACCAACCACCUUUAUUACCUUUCUGAUAUGCAAAUGGGAUCAACCCACCAACACUAGAGCCAUACCCACCCAGAUUUACCUCAUACCCACUUCAAUUAUGUCACCAUUUUCCACUUCCCACCAUUUCACAGCCUUAACCUUCCUCAUCUUCUUCCUCAAAACCCAAGCUUCUGAUUCAGUUUCAUCUUUUGCUUUCACAAAUUUUGGAAAAGAUCCAAAAUUCAACUCAAGUGUGGGACUUUAUGGCAAUGCAAGGCUUGUCAAUGGUGGUUCUCAAGUUUUUCUUUCUGGGUAUGGGAAUUCUGGGAGUGGGAAAGUCAUGUAUAAGAAGCCCAUUAAGCUUGUUGAUGGUAAUGCAAGGGGAUGUGUCUCAUUUCAAACCUACUUUGCAUUCUCAAUCUCCUUGGAUGAUGGGAAUGGCUUGGCUUUUGUUUUAGUCCCAAGUGGUCUUGAAGGUGAGGUUUUUAGUAACACUUCAUCUGGGUUUUCUUUUGGAUUGAAGAAUAGGGAGUUUAAGGCUAUUGGUGUUCAGUUUAGUGCUUCAAAGGAUGGUAGCAAUGAAGGUUCUGCUAGUUUUAAUGUGGCUGUGGCAAUUAAUUUUGGUAGUUCUGUUCCUGCUAAAAUUAUCAAUACCUCUUCUGUGAACAUGAGUCUAAGAAGUGGGGGAAAGUUGCAUGCUUGGAUUGAUUAUGAAGCGAGUUCAAGGCGCAUUGAAGUUAGAUUGAGUCAAUAUGGUCAAUCAAGGCCUGCUGAUCCAUUGCUCUGGCACUCAAUUGAUUUCUCAAAUGUGCAGGAGGAUAAAGAGAUGUUUGCAGGCUUUAGUUCAGUGAAAGGGAAUAAUACUUCUCAAGCAUGCUUUCUUUAUUCAUGGAGCUUUCGCGCGAGGCAUUUUCCACACUGGAUGCAUUCUGAGCCUCUGGAUCCCAAGAUCGUUGCUAAGAACGCUGAAACUCCGGCAGUGAAAUCAAGGAGUGAUUGCCUUUCAAAAGUUCUUGCUGCAAUGAUAUUUGGCGCUGGAUGUGGAGCAUUGACGGCAUUCAUGGUACUUUAUUUCUGGACCAUCUUUGGUAACAGACGUCCGGUGGUGCCGGAGGAGUAUGUUGUGCAGCCUGUAGAUUUUGAGUACAAGAAAGUGAAUAUUGUUGUAGAUAAAACAAUUAACGAUGCUAAGGAGUAGAUCUACGGAAGGGAACUAGUUGAAUGCUUGUGUUGUAAAUCAGUGUUUCUUGUAUUCAGGUUUUGCUUUGUUGUAGUUUGGUAAACAACUAUUUAAUUAACUUUUUGUUAUGUCAUUGUCCAUUUUUUUAGUAAAUUGAGAUCAAGAUCCAA